ACGCGUGAAGACCCCGCCCUCCGCUCCGCCCCACGCACGCCGGAGGUCUGCACCCGGGUGCGCUGGCGGCGCCCACCGUUUACGACGGGCCGGAAAGUAGCGGCCGCAGCCAGUGCCGGGCCUCGUCGGGCCGAGCCGGGCCAGUAUGGGGAAAAUUGCGCUGCAGCUCAAAGCCACGCUGGAGAAUGUCACCAACCUCCGGCCCUUGGGCGAGGACUUCCGGUGGUACCUGAAGAUGAAAUGUGGCAACUGUGGUGAGAUUUCAGAGAAGUGGCAAUAUAUUCGGCUGAUGGACAGUGUGGCACUGAAGGGAGGUCGUGGCAGCGCCUCCAUGGUCCAGAAGUGCAAGCUGUGUGCAAGGGAAAACUCCAUCGAGAUUUUGAGCAGCACCAUCAAAUCUUACAAUGCUGAAGACAAUGAGAAGUUCAAGACAAUUGUAGAGUUUGAGUGUCGGGGCCUUGAACCAGUUGAUUUCCAGCCUCAGGCUGGGUUUGCUGCCGAGGGCGUGGAAUCGGGGACGGUCUUCAGUGAUAUUAAUCUUCAGGAGAAGGACUGGACUGACUAUGACGAAAAAGCUCAGGAAUCUGUGGGAAUCUACGAGGUCACCCACCAGUUUGUGAAGUGCUGAACCCUCUUCCUGCACACUUGCCUCAAAGAACUGAGAAGGGACAAUGUGCUCCAAGCAGCAGAGCCCACUGAGGCUAAUCCCCUCAUCCCCUGUCUGCUGGAAGCUGUCUGAGCCCUCACAGCCUGCAUGCUGGGCUCUGCCACAGCUUCCCAAGCAUCACCAAUAAAGCCGCUGUUUGUGCUA